GGCAUAUAAACAAUUUUGUUUGUAUAUUGUGUGGAAAAUAAUUGAUUAAACGAUUUUUGUUGUAUAUUGUGUGGAAAACAAGCAAAUAUUUGUGAAUAAUGGCCGACGAAGUUAUUGUAGAUGCACUGCCGUAUAUAGAUCAUGGAUACGACGAUGUGGGCGUUAGAGAAUCGGCGCUUGCUAUGGUUGAGGAGGAAUGCCGCCGUUAUAGGCCUACCAAGAACUAUUUAGAUCAUUUGCCACUGCCUGCCAGCUCACCAUUCGAGACUCCGCUCAUGAUUAACGAAUUCGAGCGCAUACAAAAUCGCCUGCCCAUGGAAACACUGUCAAUGAAGCGCUACGAAUUGCCACCUCCGCCAUCGGGAAAGCUUUCCGAAGUUUCAGCGUGGCAGGAAUCAAUAGAGAAUUCAAUGGCACAGUUGGAGCAUCAAUGGGUUCGAUCACUGAAUCUGGAAUUGAUGUUGGAUUACGGCACUGAAGCAUGGAAAUCGUAUUUGGAAGUGUUUACAGCGAUGCAGGCAAAAGCACAAAUCCAACUGCAGCAGUUAAAAAAGGACAUGCAGGAUGUGAACUGGCAGCGCAAACAAGCACAGACACAAGCAGGCGACAAGCUGCGCGCCCUCGAAGCGCAUUGGGUGUUGCUCGUAUCCAAGAACUAUGAGAUUGAAACCGAGUGCGUGGAGCUGGAGAAAGUGGUGCAAGCGGCACGCGAGCAGCUGGAGAAGCUGGCGCCACCAGCAGACAAUGCACCAACGCCGCCCUUGGUAGAGCAAACAAAUGGACAUGCAGCUGAAGAAGAAAGUAAUGGCAAUGAGGCCAUGGAAGAGGAUGAAGCUGAAACUCAGGUGCAGGCGGAAGCGGAGGCGGACGAAAAUAGCCAGAGUAACGAUGGCAGUGGCAAUAACAAUGAAGAGGAGAAGGAGGAUGAGGAGGAGAAAGUCUCAAAUGAUUCCUCGUAAAGUUUGCC